AUGCCAGACGAGAUCCCUCAUGCGCAGCUCAAACGAUGGGCGUUUAGUGCCCACCGCAUCCAGUGUCCCUACCCAGGCUGCAAACGCUGGUUGAAAAAUUCCUCUGGGCUGAAACUUCAUCAAAGCUCGGCCCAUAGCCACUCAUUUACCCAUCCUGGAUCGCAACGCACACAACACGCCUCUGUUGAAGAAAUAGAAGAUGAAGAAGCUCCCAGACGCACCAACAAUGAGCUCUGGGAGUCGAAGCAUGGACUUAUUCGUGAUUAUCACGAGACGCUGACUGGUCGUAUUUGUGACGAGAAUGGCAACUUUGUUGAUCAUGGCACUCCUCCUCCACCAUACACAGCAAAAAGUCCUGACGACUGGACUCCGUAUCGCAACCGACUGGAAUUCGAGUGCGCGGAUUUUAUGUACACUGAAAACCAGAUGUCCGCUGGUGAUAUCAACAAGAUUCUCUACCUGUGGGGAAUCACUCUCGCUGUUCAUUGCGACAAUCCACCAUUUGCCGACUACAAGGACCUAUACAAUACUAUCGACGCAACACCGCUAGGCGAUGUCGCAUGGGAAAGCUUCUCCCUGAAGUACAAUGGUGAUAAACCUGCUGGAGAGUGUCCGCUUUGGAUGGAACAGUCACACGAGGUUUGGUUCCGGGACCCUCAUACCGUCAUCAAGAACAUGCUCGCAAAUCCAGAUUUCAAAGGUGGAAUUGAUUAUACGCCCUACCGUGAAUUUCAGGAGAAGGAUGAGCAGCGCCGCUAUAAGGAUUUCAUGUCAGGAGACUGGGCCUGGCAGCAAGCAGUACAGGACGAAAUCGCACAGGACCCACAAACACAUGGCAGUGACAAGACGACGGUGUCUGUUGCUACUGGUCAAAACGACUACUACCCUCUAUACCUCUCGAUCAGGAAUGUUCACAAUAAUGUCCGGCGGGCGCAUCGCAACGCAUUGGCUCUGGUUGGAUUUUUGGCGAUCCCUAAGACAGAAAAAAGAAAUACAGAUGAACUUGGAUACCGCAAAUUCAAGAAGCAGUUGUUUCACUCCUCGUUGUCGAGGAUCUUCGCCAAUCUCAAACCUGGAAUGACGACUCCAGAGGUCACACGGUGUGGCGACGGACACUACUGGCGCAUUAUAUAUGGCCUUGGACCCUACAUUGCAGACUACGAAGAGCAGGUAGUAUUGGCGUGCAUGGUCAAAGAUUGGUGUGGAAGAUGCCUUGCAUUUCCCUCAAGUCUUGAUGAAGGAGGUGUUUCUCGGUCACGCGAACAUACUGAUGCACUUGUGGAUUCUAUAGAUUUUGGUAUACUUUGGGACGAGUAUGGUAUCAUUGGCGAGUUAGUGCCCUUCACCAACGACUUUCCUCGUGCCGACAUUCACGAGCUCCUUGCCCCCGACAUACUGCACCAGCUCAUCAAAGGAACCUUCAAGGACCACCUUGUUGAAUGGGUGGGUCAAUACCUCGAACUCACACACAGCAAAACACGCGCCAAGGCGAUUUUAGAUGAUAUUGACCGAAGAAUUGCUUCCGCACUGCCCUUCCCUGGCCUACGACACUUUCCACAAGGCCGUGGAUUCUCGCAAUGGACAGGUGACGACUCCAAAGCUUUGAUGAAGGUCUAUCUACCAGCAAUCGAGGGCCACGUACCAGAUGAUAUGGUUCGGGCAUUUCGAGCCUUGCUAGAGUUCUGCUACAUCUGUGCGCGUGGACGUAGUGACAGACAACACUCUCGCAGCGCUGAAAGAUGCCCUUGGGUGCAUUUUCAUACUUACCGGACUAUUUUCGAGACUACCGGUGUCCGCUUCGACAUUUCCCUACCCCGACAACACUCUCUCAUCCACUACGAGCUUCUCAUCCGAAUGUUCGGUGCUCCGAACAGCCUCUGCUCGUCAAUCACGGAAUCAAAACAUAUCAAGGUGGUAAAGCAACCAUGGCGACGUUCAAGCAAGUACAACGCGCUCAGCCAGAUGCUCCUUACCAAUCAGCGCCUGGACAAAGGUCUUGUGCCUUCAGCUACUACAAUUCAUUUGAAUCCCUCAUAUAUCGAGAACGACGAUGGAGACCCAGAGGUCCGACAGAACCCAGCGCAUGCAGGAAGCAAUCCCUUUGCUAUUGAGAGUGACGACUUUGACGAUGUCGAGGAUCAGGAACGAAAACGCGCCCGUACCGUUACUGAUCUCGCAGACAAACUCGACAUCCCAUCAUUCCCAACCCUCAUUCGCCUCUUCCUAUAUGACCAAAUACACACGGACGACCACCAUUCUUCUGCCGAUGUCCCACUUCGCGACUGUCCAUCCUACACGGGACCAAUCAAGAUAUUUCAUUCAGCCGCUGCAACAUUUAUCGCACCCAGUGAUCCAAGUGGAAUCACUGGUAUGCGCCGUGAGCACAUUCGUGUCGUGCCUUCGUGGCGCAAGGGACCAGCUCGCUUUGACUGCGCCUUCGUCAACACGGACGAUAGGCAUGACGGAAUUCACACAUACCCAUGUGCCCUCGUUCAAUGGUUCCAUCGCAUCGCUGAGGAACGAGAUGAGCUCACAGGAAUGUGGAUGGUGGCACCGUCUUUCAAUGAAGAUGGCUCUCGCGAUUUGUCCGUCAUCCAUAUCGACAGCAUCAUUCACGGCGCUCACUUACUCCCAAUAUUCGGUACUCAGCUCAUACCACGCGGCCUUCGAUUCUAUGAUUCUCUGGAUGUAUAUCGAGGAUUCUACGUAAAUCACUUCAUUGAUCACCAUGCUUUCGAGCUGGCAUCUUAA